UUGUGGGACGUCCUUCGGUGACAAACUGAGGGAGGGGGCGGAGGGAUCUGCUCUCAGCAGCACGCUCUGCCUGGUGACGCAGUUGGUUGCUAGGUGUGAAUGAACUGAUGCUUUCUCACAAUUAAGCAGCUCCUCAGUUUACAGGUCGACCACAACAAAGCAACAACUCGUCCUUUUUUGCGGAUAUUCCGAGCUAAAAGAUGGCUCUUUGAACUCGUGAAGUUUUCGGACCCGUGAAGAAACCGUGCCUUGCUUCAGCAACGCACCUCAAGUGCUCUACCUUUUUUUCUGCAAGGAUGGAGUUUCAUUAUGCACACCCUGCCCUGCUCUCUGUGGCCCAUCUGUCAGACGCUGCUUGCUCUCAGCAUAUGCUUGGACUUGGACUGAAUCAAAGCACCAUCAGACAAUAUGAUGGCAACAUCAGCUCCUGUUUGGAAGACUCUUCGUGUCUACCCGGCAGACCCCCUCGCUCUCUCUCACCCACAGGCUAGCCACAGCCAAUCACAGGGGUGCAGGGGGGAGGUGUCAGAGGAGACUCAGCACUUAAUUGGUGAGUUGCAGCCAGUACGCUUUUUUAUAUUUUUCCCCGUUCCAGGUGGGAUCGGCACUGCAGCACAUUCGUCCUUCUCGAACAGUGAUGGUCUCACUGACUGGAUGACGGAAGAAGUGGAUUUCUCCUCGUACCUCCCAAACCCUCCUUCCCCUCCCUCCUCCACCAAUGCCUCCCUUCCCCCUUCACCCCUUCAGAAUGAUAUCCAGGUGCCCUCGGACUUGGAGGUCAUGACCUCUCUGCUGCAAGAGGAACUGGCCCAACUAGAGGACUACUUCCUGUCUGAACCACUGCCAGAGAAAGGGCCGAGGCUGGGAAAAUGGGACAGGGGUCCACUGCCGACGGGUCCUCAGCCGUUCACUCAGCUGCCAUAUGCAUCAUACUCCACGUCCAACCAAUCUGAAUCCAGCCCACUCCUUGUUACCCUGGCAACCGGUGAACUGGACCUGCUGAGCAUCUGUGGCGGGCCCAUUGGGCGAUCCAAAAUUCCUAGACACGCCCCGUACAGCUGCAGUCGCCCCACUGGGUGUGUGAGGAAAAGAGUUCCUGACGGGACAAGGUUCCUCGAGGGCUAUGAUAACAGUUUGUUGAGUUCCAAAGGAAGUAACUCAGGUAACUCGGCCGUGACCCUCACCGGUAGCUACGACUGUGUAGAGGACGAGCAGCUGCUAGGGAAAAGCUACUGUCUGGGUAGUGCAGUCGAGGUCAGAAGAUGUGCCGCUCUACCAAAAGACGAGAAAAAUUGCUGUUUCAGUCAAGAUGUCAUAGGUGGUUCGAAGGUUGUCGGCGGUGGAUUUGGCUUUGGUGGAUCACUUGAUGUCCCGCACAAAAAAGAGGAUCUGCUGAUGUAUAGCAUGAGGGAGGUCAGCGGAGUCUCCGGUAACAAUGAGGUGCUGAAUAAUAUCAAAGCUAGUAUGGAGGUCACCAAAGCCUCAUGGAAGACAGAGAGCAGUGAAGGUUGUUAUCUUCCAGCAGCACCGCAGUCAGAGGCCUUUCAUAGCUUCUUAGGCAAUAUCAACGAACAGGUGAAAUCAGAGAGUCUACGGAUAGGGCAGCAUGAUUUGCACUGUAAUUUCCUGGAGGAUCAGGGCCCAGAGUGUCUUUUAAUGUCUAGGGAGAGUCUGAACAUGGAGUCUCCGUGUCACAGACAAGCAUGCAGGCUAAAUGAAGAAGACCACUGUGCUUUAAACUACGAAGACGACCUCAUUCCAGGUGAAGGCGGCGAGCGCAAACAGAAGAAGAGAGAUCAGAACAAAACUGCCGCUCACAGGUAUCGCCAGAGAAAAAGGGUGGAGCUUGAUACUUUGGAGGGACAGUUGCAUGGCCUUGAAGGGAGGAACCGGGAGCUCCGGGACAAGGCAGAGUCGGUAGAACGUGAAAUCCAGUACGUCAAAGACCUGCUGAUUGAAGUUUACAAGGCCCGCAGCCAAAGGCUCAAGCAGGACACAACAGCGUAACACCGAACUCCUGCAAGUAUAUUUAAAGUGGGCGUAACAGGGAAGAUUGUGGCGCCUUUUUGUGUCUUUAAGAUUGUCCAGAAGUGAAUGUUUGAAUUUUUUUUAAAUGCAUGCUUUGCUAACGUGAAUUAUUUUUGACAGUUAAAACCAACACUUUAUCCGAUGCGUCCAUUGCUUUUGCUCUCUCUAAUCACUUGAGCCUGCACUGUGGCAUUGCAAUGCUUUAAAUGACAAUCAAUUAAAAAAGAUAUUGCACUGCGUGGAUCUACUAAUUGAAGUACAGUUAUUUCUGGGAAAGUAUUUUUUUUUCAUUAUGCGGGUUUAAUCAUUUAACAGCCUUACAUUUGAAUUGAUGUCAGCAAUAGAAAUUCAUCGUCUUUUUUCAAAUUUUAAUUUACAAUAACUGUACUAUACUUUUAAUAGUUGAGGUUGUUAAACCUGUGGUUGGUGUGAAACUGCAUCGCUUACUUUUUUAUUUCAUAUUUUAAACCAAAUACUUUUCUACAAUCAUUUUCUCGCAUCGCUUGUACAGCAAAUGUUAUUUUAACCGCUUUGAAUAUUUUAAAAUACACGAAUUGGGCUUGAAGAUGUAUUGACUUUUACAAUUGCAGCUAAUGUAAAGAAGGGCAAAAAAUUAUUUCUUCAACCUUAACUAUUGGUUGGCAAUUUUAAUAACGUUUUUGGACAAUUUAUUUGAUUGACUUAAAGGUAGGGUAGGUAAGAAUGGAGAAACCAGCUCGAGUGCGCUAGAAUUUGAAACUAUGCAGCCGAAAAAAAUCUGCCCCUUCCUUCAGACUUCCUUAGUGCCCCUCCUCCAACACACACAAAUCAGCAUUCCAUGGAAUAUAACAAAAAGUGUUUCUGAAGUGAAUUACCUACCCCACCUUUAAGGUUAUACAACCCAAAAUUCCUUUUUUUCCAAUUUAUUUUCCUAAAUGUCAAACAUUUAGAUUUACCCUGCUUUGUUGGAAACAUUAUUUCGUCCACUGUAUUUACAUUUGUAUUUUUUGUCCUGAUAUUUGCAUUAUUUUUUAUGUAACAAAUGACUCAUUUUUCUCUCCAAAUUAUAAAUUUGUGACCAAAAAAGUUGAUCAAUGAUACUGUUAAAGGAGGAAACUGAAAUGUGAUUGUGUUUGUGGGGUAUUUGUAUAAAUGUCUUCUAUUGCAAAUUAUACAAUCUACUUUGCAGCUCAGGAUAUGCAAUCUGUCCUCCUGUCUUAUGUCAGUGGAUGAUCCAGGCAGACUUCCAUCCUUCAUUGUACACGCUAAAUAUUUCAGUGCUACUGGCGUACAGGUUUUCCUUAUGUAAAAAACAAUUUUUCUUUGUAUAAUAUUUUAACUAGUGGAGUUUUAGCAGCUUCCCUCUGCAUGUUUUUCCAUAAACGGAGUAGAAAAUGUAGAUUCCAGAAGUUGGGGAUUGUUUCUCUGAAGUACUUGUUAAGGCAAUAACUUUUAUAGGCCUCUGGCUGAUCUGCACUAAUUUGUAAGAACUUUUGUAUGUUCAGGGAGUGGAGUGUGUUUGUAGAAAGUUAGCUCAAAAAGAGUCAUUAGGAUGUUUGUUCAGGCUUUUGUGUUAGCUUUGGUGUAAGGGAAUUGUGUAUAAAUUAUUUUUCAAUUUCAUUUGUUGCUAAGCAAAUAACCACUACAAUUACUGCCUAUAUCGUUAUAUAUUUUUGCAUAUUUAUUUUAAGACAAUUAUGGAUAUGAAAGUUCUCUUUUAGAGAUUUAUUUAUCAUGUGUAUUUUUUGUAGUUUUUGGCAAAAAAGGUAUCUCACUUUGUUCAACCAGUCUGCGGUGUACUAUCAACUCCCGAUUGUUAAAACCAAAAAUGUUAUGUUCAUUUAAUCAUAUCUGCACAUUUCCUUUUUGUGACGUAAAGUUUUUUUUCUUCUAAAAGAAAUAAAGUGUGGCUCGAAGAAGCG